AUGUCGCAGCCUGUCAGCUUGAAAGAUGGUACGAAGGAGAUCGUCGGCGAUUGGUUUAUCAAGAACGUGCAAGGGGCGGUGCAGCUGAAGACGGAGGGUGACGAGGUGCGGUCUGUCCAAACCUGCUUUGGCGGCCAGCCUGCGGUUGGGAAAGUACGCAAGGAUGAGUCUAACUUUGAGAUGGACAUGCAGAUUGGCGGCUUCCCCAUGAUCGCCAGAAUGAAGGACACCAAAGGGCAGAAGUACCUGGAGUUCUCGAACGGCGGCCUUUGGUCGAAGAACCAGCCGGCCUUCGACUCCUCCGCCACGAACGGGAAAGUCACCAACGGCCACGUUCCGAACGGCCAUGGCUCCCAAAAGGACGGUGUUGUCGGCAUCCCGAUGAGCGAGGUGAAGAAGCACAACUCCAAGGACUCUGCUUGGGUGGUUUUGCACGGCUACAUUUACGACCUCACGAAGUUCCUCGAAGAUCAUCCUGGAGGUCACCAGGUGAUUUUGGAUUGGGCGGGCAAGGAUGCCACCAAGUUCUGGUCGGCCAUCCACAAGAAGGAUUGGAUCAAGGAAUACACAAAGCCUGAGUGGUGCCUUGGGCCAGUUGGACAGGAGGCGCCCAACGAGGAGCUGAAGAAAGCCCAGGACGAGGUGAAGUUUUUGAAGGCGGAGUUGGAGCGCCUCACCGCCUUGCCAACGAAGCCAUCGGUUGGCCUGGUGGCGGCCUUGGACGCCGCGGAAUCCUGCAAGCCUUCGAAGUUGAGCUCAGAUGCACCAACGCAUGUGGCCUCCGAAUCUCCCCCCUUGCUAGAGCUCACGGGCAAGCGAGUGCUGGUGAUUGGCCACGGGCCAGUCGGACACGACUUCGUAGUGAAGCUCGUGGGCAUGGUAGGCGACGGCGCGCUUGACAUCACCGUGGUGGGGGAAGAGCCGCGCAUGGCGUAUGAUCGCGUCCACCUUACCGAGUAUUUCGAGCACCGUGACGCGAGCAAGCUGUCUAUGUGCGACAAGAAGUGGUUCCAGGACCACAAGGUUGGAAUCCGCACCAACUGCCGCGCCGAGAAGAUCGACCGCGAAAGCUGUAAGGUGUCGCUGCGAGAUGUGAACACAAACGCCGUCGAAGAGAUGGCUUACGAUGCAUGCGUCCUUUGCACCGGCAGCUAUCCCUUCGUGCCACCUUUGGAGAACUUGAGUGAAAAAACGGUGGGAGUCUUCGUGUACCGCACCAUUGAGGACCUGGAGGGUAUGAUUCUCUUCGCCAAGAAGUCUCGCAAGGCAGCAGUGAUCGGUGGCGGGCUCUUGGGUCUCGAAGCAGCCAAGGCCGUGUAUGACCUGAACCAAGAGACGCACGUGCUUGAGAUGGCCCCGUACCUCAUGCCGGCACAGUUGGAUCCCCAGGGCGGCAAGGUUUUAGGCGAGAAGAUCAAGGACAUGGACAUCCGUGUUCACACGAGUUCUCGCUUGAGCAAGGUGGUGGUCGAGGACGGUGUUCUCAAAGGUGUCCGUAUGACGGAUGCAGAGAAUGCCGAAGAAUACCUCCUGGAGUUUGACAUGUUGGUGGUGAGCGCCGGCAUUCGCCCCCGUGAUGAGUUGGCGCGAUCCAGCGGCUUGUCCAUCGGCCAGCGCGGAGGGGUCGUGGUGAAUGACCGCAUGCAAACCAGCGACCCGAAGAUCUUUGCUCUCGGGGAAGUUGCUUGUCACAAGAACUUGUGCUAUGGGCUCAUUGCUCCUGGCUGGGACCAAGCUUCCGUCCUAGCCAAGAACUUCGAGUCUGCCACCUGGGAGAAGAAGGACAAGGAUGCUGCUGAUCCGCCGCUUUACGAAGGCAGUGAUCUCUCCACAAAGCUGAAGCUCUUGGGCGUGGAUGUGGCUUCCUUCGGAAGCUCCCUGGAUUUCUGGUUCAAGAAGCAGUGCCAUGAGAAAGAAGCCAAGGAGCAGGGCCUGACCUCCACGAUCCAGUUGGAUCCUUUCAGCGGCUUGUACCGGAAGCUGGUCUUCCAGGAAGAGACCCAGAAGCUCAUGGGAGGCCUCCUGGUCGGUAAUGCGGACGACUACUUCAGCUUGCUGGGACUCUCGAAGCAAGACGACUUAGGCAAGAAGGCUCCCAUGGAUCUCUUCUUGGGCGGGAAUUCCGAGGAGAGCGUGGAUGACUUGAAGGAUGAUGCCAUCGUCUGCCUCUGCCAGAAGGUCACCAAGAAGGACAUUGUCGAUGCCGUCAAGGAGCAGGAGUGCACCACGAUUCCCGACAUCAAGCGAUGCACCACUGCAGGUGCUGGCUGCGGUGGCUGUGUACUUGCCACCGGCUUCGUGCCCAAGAUCCUGAAGACCACACUGGAGGCAUGUGGCAAAAAGCCCUUCACGGGGAUCAGCCCGAACUUCCCCUUCACGCGUAGGGAGCUCUUCGACAUCAUCAAGACAAAGGAGCUGAAGACUUGGGAGGAGGUGGUAGAGACCUGUGCACGAGUUGGCAAGAUUGCGGAUCUCAAGAAAGGCCUUGGAGGAGAUGAGGUCUGCAAGCCGGUGGUGGCUUCCAUUUUGGCUUCCUUAUGGCAGGAGAAUCCUGUCAAGGAUGGUUUGAACAUGCUUCAGGAUACCAACGACCGGUUCUUGGCCAACAUUCAGCGCUCUGGCCAGUACUCGGUGAUCCCGCGAGUCCCCGGGGGUGAGCUGACACCCGAUGAGCUUAUCUUGAUGGGCACCGUGGCGAAGAAGUACAACCUCUGGACCAAGGUCACCGGAGCGCAACGCAUUGGCCUCUUUGGUGCAAACGUCUGGCAGUUGCCAGACAUCUGGGAGGAACUGUGCUAUGGAAAGAGCGCCUAUGCGUCUGCAGAUGGCAAAGUACUCACCAAGGUUGACACUGAUGGCAUGGAAUCCGGGCACGCCUACGGCAAGGCUCUGCGAGCAGUUAAGAGCUGCGUUGGGACUAGCUGGUGCCGUUUCGGUGUCCAAGACUCUGUGGGCAUGGCCAAUCGCAUCGAGCAGCGCUACAAGGGCUUCCGCGCUCCGCACAAGUGGAAGAUGGGUGUCUCAGGGUGCAUGCGCGAAUGUGCUGAGGCCCAGGGCAAGGACAUCGGCCUUGUUGCUACCACCAACGGCUGGAACCUGUACAUCUGCGGCAACCACGGAACCUCACCGAAGCAUGCUACACUCUUCCUGACCGACAUCUCGGAUGAUGAGGCAAUCAAGUACAUCGACCGCGUGAUGAUGUACUACACCUUCACAGCUGACCCACUGACGCGGACCUCGAAGUGGCUGGAGAACCUGGAGGGUGGCAUCGACUUCCUGAAGGAGGUCGUGGUCGACGACAAGCUGGGGAUCUGUGCGGAGUUAGAUGCACGGAUGGAGUCGCAGGUCGGUACCUACGAGUGCGAGUGGAAGCGUGUGGUCGACACCCCGGAGCUCCGGAAGAAGUUCAGGCAGUUUGCCAAUGUCGAUGAUAAAAAGUAUGGCGAUCUCGAGUGGAGUGUCCAGCGCAAGCAGAAGAAGAUUGCAGUGGAGGACUUGCCCACCGUCAUUGGCCCGGCGAAGAUUGGCAAAAGCGAUGCAAACGCAUCUUGGCACUGGGUGGACGUUGGCGCGGAGGAGGCCUUUCCGAAGAAUGCCGGCUUUGCCGUGAAAAUCAGCAACUCCGAGCUGGCCGUGUACAACCACGUGGCUGUUGGCAAGUGGUAUGCGACUCAGAACUCCUGCCCGCACAAGCAAUUGCAGGUGCUCUCUCGUGGAAUGAUUGGCUUUCAAGGGGACGUGCCGAAGGUGGCUUGCCCGAUCCACAAGAACACCUACAACCUGGAGACUGGGAAGGGCAUCAGCAAUGCAGGUCUGAACCUGGCCACUUUCGACGUGAAGCUGGAUAACGGCAGGGUGCUCCUUCACCUCCCUCCCGACGAUGUCUUGGACAAGGCCCUCGCCCGCCAGGACCCCAAGGGGAACUCCGAUUGCUCUUCCUCCUGCGAGUUGCCCAAGGACUUGCAGUGGUGA